CCCCAAGAAUUCCACGUGUUACAAUGUCACCAGUGUAAAACAUUCCAAGUUCAGCAAGUAAAGAAAGUUUUAAAAUGGAGUUGUAAAUUAUGUGGAGAGAAACAGUCUGUUCUUAGAGUAUAUGGACGAGGUAGUGGUGCUGAUUGUCGUAAACAUGUACAGAAUCUAAAUACAUUACGAGGUGAACUA